CAGAAUACAACCGAAAAACUGAUUUUCAACAUGAUGUGAGUGAUCAGAGAGAAACUGAGCAUUUUAUUAACCAUUGCGUACUGUACGUGAUUUAUGACAGCUGACCUGACGUCAUGGCUCGGGAUGUAUAUUUGGACGGAAACUGCGAGAGCAGCGGACGGAGACCACCAUUCCUCCCUGCUGUUGUUGUUUUUUCCGGCUGUCGGCCGUCGUGCUGAUAUAAUGGCUUCCGACGGUAUGGAUGAACGAUCCCCGCUGCUGUCAGCGCCGAACUCGGGGAAUGUCACGCCCACAGUUCCGCCGUACCUGCAGGACUCAAGCCCGAGAGCUGAAUUACCUCCACCCUACACGGCCAUCGCCAGUCCAGAUGCUGGAGGAGUUCCUGUCAUUAACUGUCGAGUCUGCCAGGCUCUUAUAAAUCUAGAUGGGAAGCUCCAUCAGCACGUGGUGAAGUGCACCGUCUGCAACGAGGCAACGCCUAUUAAAAAUCCACCUACAGGAAAGAAGUAUGUUAGAUGUCCUUGCAACUGCUUGCUAAUCUGUAAAGACACCUCUAGGAGGAUAGGAUGCCCCCGACCCAACUGCAGACGCAUCAUCAACCUGAGUCCUGUGAUGGUGAUUCCAGAAGAGCAGCCGGCUCAACCAGCUUUACCUGUCCAGCCUGAGGGCAUGCGUGUGGUCUGCGGCCACUGCGGAAACACAUUCCUGGGCAGUGAUGAUGACUCGGUUCAGCCUGCCUCAGGUCUGGCUAAUGGUGGCGUCUCUGCUGUCGUCAAGUGGAUGGAGCUCCGAUUUAAUACAUUGGCCAAGUGCCCACACUGCAAAAAAAUAUCUUCUGUAGGAAGUGCCCUACCCAGAAGACGCUGCUGUGCCUACAUUACAGUAGGAAUGAUCUGCAUUUUCAUCGGUAUAGGUUUAACAGUGGGCACUCAGGACUUCGCUAGGCGCUAUCAUGCUACUUACGUGUCCUGGGCCUUUGCAUAUCUACUGGGUCUUAUCGCUCUGGUACGGGCCUGCUACUGGGGAGCUAUUAAAGUCAGUUAUCCAGAGAACACCUUUGCAUAGACAAAACCUCAUCCAUCCUUUAAACAGUCCUUAUAGUAUUUAAUUUAUCCUGAUUUUACCAGGUUAACAUAGUAACAUGUUCACUCCUGUUACAAAAGCUGGAACUUCAGGAUCCAGAGGGUACCGGCUAACCUCUCUCUUUCAGAUUGAGAUUGAGAUGUGAUAUUUCUUGAAAUAAUUUAAAGGGUUAGUUCACUGAAAAAUGAAAAUUUGCUGUAAUUUUUUAUCGUUAUGUAGGUGACAUAUAUGGAUCUAGGUAUUUCACAAAAUACAAGUCCACAGGUUACAUGUCUUUAAAAGUCAAAAAAGCAGAUAUCUGCAGCACCUGCCAAUAUAUUGGGGUUUUACACUGCAAAAAAUGAUUUUUAAGAAAAAAAUUCCUAGUGUUUUUGUCUUGUUUUCAGUAAAAAUAUCUAUAAAUUCUUAAAUUAAGAUGUUUUUUCUUGAUGAGCAAAACGACCCAAGUCUAGUUCUUGGACCAAAAAUAUCAGCUUUAAAGUGAUUUUGUACAGAGCCCCUAAGGGGCCAUGGAGCAAAAAUUAAAUACAGUUUAGUUCAUGUGCUCACGUGAAACUUUCAUGUGCUCACACGAAAGCUUCAUGUGCAAAAUUUUUUUUUAAAGUUUAGUUUCGCGUGUUCACGUGAAGCUAUCGCGCGAGCACGUGAAGCUAUCACGCAUUCACCUGAAACUAUCGCGCGCGGACGUGAAAGCGAAAGUUUCACGUGCGCGCGCUAUAGUUUCACGCGAGCAUGCGAUAGUUUCACGCGAACACGGGAAACAAAACUUAAAAAAAAAUUCUGCACAUGAAAGUUUCACGUAAGCACAUGAAACUAAACUAUAUAUUUUUUUACUCCAAUGUCACCUUAGGGGCUCGGUAAUUUUGUGCAUAAACAAGCAAAAAAAUCUGCCAAUGGGGUAAGCAAAAAAAUCUUGAACAUUUUUCUUAAACACAUUUUUUUUGAAAAAUUUGCUUACCCCAUUGGCAGAUUUUUUUGCUUUUUUUUUCAAGAAAAAGCAUCUUAAUUAAAGAAUUUUUUGAUAUUUUUAUUAAAAACAAGACAAAAAUAUUAAGAAAAUAUUUUCUUGAAAAUCAUUUUUUGCCGUGUACCCUGCAAAAAAAAUAUUUAUUACCUAGUAUUUUUGUCUUGUUUUCAGUACAAAUAUCUAAAAAAAUCUUAAAUCAAGAUGUAUUUUCUUGAUAAACAAAAUGACCUAGGAAAAUAAGUCUAGAUUUGACAAAACAUUUAUGUGAAUCUUGAAACUUCUUGGAACUUUUUUUUAAACACUUAAUUCAUGGAAAAUUUUCUUACAUUAUUGGCCUUUUUUUUGCUUGUUUUGAGCAAAAAUUCACUUACAUUGUAUAUUUUUUUGUCAAAAAACUACACUUAUUUUCCUAGAUAAUUUUGCUCAUCAAGAAAAUACAUCUUAAUUUAAGAAUUUUUUUGAUAUUUGUACUGAAAACAAGACAAAAAUAGAGUAAGAAAGCCAUUUUCAAAGUAAGAAAGUCAUUUUUUUUUUUUUUUGCAGUGUAUGAAGCUAAACUAUUGAUCUGUGUUAAAAAAAGGUUAUUUACAAAAUUACUGCCGGUGAACUUUUAUUACUCUAUGAACUAAUCCUUCAAACUCGCAAGAUGAUUAGAGAUAUUAAAGUGAUUCUGAAGUUUUAUAAAUGAUGUGAAUAAUCCAGACUUGAUAUUCCCGGUUGACAUCAUACUCAUUUCAAGUACUGCAUUUUGUUAACAAGUUGACCAAAACCGUUGAUCGAACAAUUUGCCCAUUGCACUAUGAUUUUAUGCAAUUAUUCUGUUUUGUUGCUGCUAGUUGUUAAAGCUGUAUUGAGAUUUUAAGAAACCUGCCAGCACCUACCGUCUGUCAUUUGCAAUGUUCAGACAUAUAUUUAACUCUUCAUGCAACCCUGUGCCAACAUAUUCCGUCUGGGAAUUCCCUUUGAUGAAAUUCAGCAGUGUUUUUAAAUCCCAUGGCUUCUCAAACUCACUGUGAGCAAUAAUCAUACAGUUUUGUGGCUUUGAAAACAAACAAGCAUGGAUACUGUACCUCUUAGUUGCACUCAUUGAUCGGUAAUAAUGACUGAUUUGCUGUAUGGGAAAUUUUAUGUGCAUGAUUUUAAUUUGAUUCUUUUGUACGGUGUUUUAUUAGUCUGUUACAGAAGGACACAGUAAACGUGUCACGUCGUGUGUCUACAGCUCCUUCCUUUGUGUGGAAUGUAAAUGCCCUAAUGCUAACUGCCUAACUCAAAAACUCUGCCUAAUUAAAAACCUUGCUAUUAUUGCUGUAGCUUACAGUACAUUUACAGUAGUUCUGUAUUUUGUCAAUACGAUGGAGAUAACUGUACUAUUUAAACUGGUUCUGAAUGUGACUCGGCACACAAUGUCUGUAGUUGGAAUAUGGCUUGGGUCUUUUUAAACAAUAAUUUCUCAAUAAAAUGAAAAAAAGUCCUGCUU